GGGGAAGGGAAGCGAAGGGAAGGGGGGGAGCGUGAUGGGAGUAAAUUCUCAGGGUUGGACAUCCUCCGGUUUUAUUGCAUCGAGGCAGGACGUGGGAGACUCACGGAAAGCCGUAGUGAGAAGGGAUUUCCUGUACCGCUUUUUUGACGUCCCAUUGACGUCUUUUUGGGGCCCCACACGGUGUCCAAACCGCUGGAAACGCGGGAGGGUCCGAGUGCGGAGCUGCGCAGGACUCAGACGCCCGCAAACCGAACGGGAUCCCGGCCGCAGCGCAGCGCAGCGCAGAAGCCCAGAAGCCCAGAACCGAGCCGUGAUCGACGGGCAAACUUUAUUCCCAACUCCCGAAAGUCCAAGGAAAGCCUCAGGAAAGAGGCUCCUCACCGACACAACCCGCAAAACACCUCUUUGCACAAGGGCAGCGGAAGCAGCGGCAGGAGCAGCAGCAGCAGGCGGCCUGCAGCCUCGGACAGGCACGGGGCCUUCAGGACUCCCCCAAGCCAAAGAAAGACUUCAAAGGGACAUCUGCGGUCAUGACAUCACGCACAUUUGGGGUUUCCCUGCCCCUGUAAAUCGAGCAUCGACGCAAGCUAAUCCCCUCAACGUCAACGAGAUCUUAUUUUUCUCUUUCUGCUUGACGCAAAGAGCCGAUAAAGCUUGUGCUAUAAUAAAUAAACGGAAAACCCUCCCAGCAGUUUGUUCAGAUUGCAAAGCGCAAACUCUCCUCCUUGAACCAUUGAAUAAAACGGACAAAACCGAAGUGCAGAGAGCCCCUCCUCCCGCCCCCUCAACAACAGCAGUCGUGCAGCUGGAACAACUGGAACAUAUGUUUCACGUAUGUCACGCAUCACGGUUCACCACGCCUGGCCUUCCCUCUGCCGACACAGCAAUAAUCUGCAGGGCCCCUCACCAUUAGUGACCUUGACUGGCCUUUUAAAGUAUUUCAUGUGGUUGCUGUUGUUGCAAAUCUUUAAUAAAAUGUAGAAAAUACGUUUCAUUGCACAUUAUAAAACAGAAAUUUAAAAUGCACUUUUAAGGGUGUAAAAGCAGCCAUUCCUUGCCCAUGUGUGCAGUAAUUCAUUAUACUUUGGUAAGGUAAGGUAACUAAAGAGCGAAACCCAGUUCUGUCAUUAGCACUUAUAAAAUGCGCAGCAGAAAAGAUUGAGGGAAAACACAGGAAACAUUUCUGUUGUGUAUUUUCAUGAACUGAUGUCGCAACAAGACGCAGCACUUCCGUGACAGAUUUUUAUAAUCUAACACAUUGAGUUGUUCUCUUUUUUCCUACUUUUACCCUGGGAAAAAAGCACAAAAUUCUUGCGUUCAUCUAUUAUCCAUAACUUCUCGUACAGGAUACGAGGCGGGGCAGGACACGAGUACAAAAUAGUUAUAUUUUCUGAAUUAAUGUACGUCAUACAACAAUAGAAUAUGACCUACGGGAAGUAAGACUGGUAUAAAUGUUUUCUGAGUGGUAAAAGCACUUGAGAUAAAAACAACUAUUAAAUCUCUUAUUCAGGUAUAAGAGAAAAGCAAGAGCACUAGGCUCAGGAAAGUCACUUUCAGUUAAUAACAGAAAUAUAUUAUAAAAGUGUGCAUGUAUGCAAACCAUGCUGUUUGUAGGUGUACCUUAACUAGGGGUUAAUGGGUUCCAUGAAAAUAAAAUAAAGUAUAAAGUAUAAAAGAAAUUUUGGCUGGUGAAAUUUUCUAAAAAUGUGACUCCAAGCACGAGUGCUCCAAAUACGGUGCUGUUUAUUAAAUGAGAUCAUAUGAUACUUUGUAAAACAAUGAUGGUUCUAAGAGAAAUACAAUACGGAGCAUAAACAGUCGGUUCUUUGCAACCGUCCAUUUUGAGUGUUGCUUUGUGCUCUUGCCUGAGCGGAGCUGCGCAG